AUGGCCUCCUCGCCGCCGCCUGCGCAUGGCAUGAUGCCCUCCCACGAUGACAGUUCUGUCGUUGAAGCUGAAGCCACUCGCUCUCGGUUCUGCGGUGUUCGCGACUUUCUGGAUAAUGUUGACGCCUAUGUCACCACAUCGCGCCUCGGAUACUUCUUUCACCUCUCUGGUAGCGGCCAUCCUGACGCGAUUACCGGUUCGACCUUUUUUCGUGAAAUGCGCGCAGGUAUCACUACCUUUGCAACUAUGGCAUACAUCAUCGCCGUCAACGCUUCUCUGCUCUCGAUGACUGGGGGUACUUGUGUCUGUAACUUGGAGGAUCGACACGAGUGCGACAAGAUCGAUUCGUACAUGUCUUGCAAAGAAGAUAUUCGACGAGAUCUCGUCACUGCCACAGCUGCCGUCUCUGGCAUGUCCAGCUUCAUGUUCGGUCUUCUCACAAACCUCCCUGUCGCCAUCGCUCCUGGUAUGGGCCUCAACGCUUACUUCACCUUCCAAGUCGUCGGUUACAACGGAGAUGGCCCCAUUUCGUACCGCCUCGCCCUCACGGCCGUUUUUGUCGAAGGUAUCGUCUUUAUCAUCCUUGCUCUUACAGGUAUGCGCCAGUGGCUAGUCAAACUUAUCCCAGCAACCAUCAAGACUGCCACGGGUGUUGGUAUCGGUUUCUUCCUCACUGAGAUUGGUCUGUCUUACUCCGCGGGCAUUGGCGCUAUCACUCCUGGAAAAUCUACGCCUCUUGCACUUGGAGGCUGCCCUCAAGAGAUGCUUAAUGAGGCGGGUUUCUGUGUUGAGGGACAGAUGUCGAGCCCCAAGUUGUGGAUUGCUGUGUUUUGUGGCGGCAUUCUCACAGCCUUCCUCAUGGCUUUCCGCAUCAAGUAUGCCCUCAUCAUUGGUAUCGCCCUUGUUUCUGUCCUGUCUUGGCCCCGCAACACCCCUUUCACUUAUUUCCCAUACACCGACGAGGGAGAUCGCCGCUUCGACUUCUUCAAGCAAGUCGUCGUUUGGCAUCCGAUCGAAAGAACACUUAACGAACUCGACUGGUCCUUUGGCGGGUCAGCCUCUCAGUUUGCCCUCGCGCUCUUUACCUUUCUCUAUGUCGACAUCAUCGACGCCACUGCCACUCUCUACUCCAUGGUUCGUUUCUGUGGUGUUGUAAACCCCCGGGACGGUGAUUUUCCGCGCUCAACUCUCGCAUACUGCACUGAUGCCGCAUUUAUUUCCAUCGGCGCUUUGUUUGGAACUUCCCCUGUUACGGCCUUCAUCGAAAGCGGUGCUGGUAUAGCUGAGGGUGGAAGAACUGGUUUGACUGCGAUGGCUACUGGGUUGUGCUUCAUUGCUGCCGUGUUCUUUGCGCCCAUCUUUGCAUCUGUCCCACCUUGGGCAACUGGUUGCACACUGGUUCUGGUCGGCUGCAUGAUGAUCCGCCAAAUCACUCAGAUUAACUGGCGGUACAUAGGCGACAUCCUCCCCUCUUUCGUUGUCAUGACUUUCAUUCCCUUCAGCUACAGCGUAGCCUACGGUCUCAUCGCUGGUGUUUUCGUUUAUGCCGUUCUGAACGGUCUUAUCGGCCUUGUUGUGUUUGUUUCUCGCGGCUAUAUCGAGCCUCGUGAGUAUGAUCUCAAGGAGUACUGGACCUGGAGGGGCUCUGGCCGCGCGCCCUGGUUUGUCCGUGCCAUCCGCCGCCGCCGAAACACCGACAAUAGCGAUGAUGGUGAUGAGGACGGUCACGCGGGCGGCUCUGAUGUGGCAAUGAGAGACCUCGACUAUGGUGACCAUCGUGACCACAGCAGCUCUACGACUGGUGCAUCCACUGGCAAGGACGAGCACCCCGUGUCUCCUCCCCCUGGACGAUGGGGACGGUGA